CGGCGGGCCCCACCCGCCAGCUGCCGGGACCUGGGGGCGUGCCGGGAGGGGCGGGGACUGGGGGCCACGCCCCAACCCGCGGCUCCGGAACGCUGCUUGGAGGCUGUGUGAUCCCACGACCCAGCGCAGGGUCGGCCUCGUGCAUCCAUUCAUUUCAACGACCAAUAUUUAGUGCUUGCUGUGUUCUCCAGGCCCUGCCCGUAGGCGCUUGAUACAGCGAUGCACAACGUAUGGGAAAAAAGAUCUGUCCUGGUUGACCAUCCUAAUCCGAAAAUAUGAAAUCUGAAAUGCUACAAAAUCCUAAACUUUUUGAGCAACAACAUUCCAAAAGUGGACAAUUUCACACCUGACCUCUUGUGACGGAUUGCAGUCAAAAUGUAGGUGUACAACACAAAGUUUAUUCAGCAACCCCAAGGGAAAAAAGACCCUCCCAUCCCCCCUGUCAGCUGUGAUAUGUUUUCUGCACACGGCCAGAUUCCUCCAUGCAAGUGCACCCACAGGGCUUAAUAAAAUGGCACACAUGCAAGCUGUAUGUGCUAAUGGUAGGUUCCUCACAAUGCCCCCUAGGGCCAAGGCCUACAUAUGUUAACUCACUUGUUUUUUUGCUUAUUCUCUGUUGUGAGAUGUAAAGAUAUUGAAAAUGUCAAAAAGGCCUGCAGAUAUCCCUGUGAAUAACAGUGAUAAGAAAAAGAGGAAGCAUUUAUGUUUAUCUAUAGCACAGAAAGUCAAGCUGUUAGAGAAACUAGACAGUGGUGUAAGUGUGAAACGUCUUGCAGAAGAGUAUGGUGUUGGAAUGACCACCAUAUAUGACCUGAAGAAACAGAAGGAUAAACUGUUGAAGUUCUAUGCUGAAAGUGAUGAACAAAAGUUAAUGAAAAAUAGAAAAACACUGCAUAAAGCUAAAAAUGAAGGUCUCGAUCGUGUAUUGAAGGAGUGGAUCCGUCAGCGUCGCAGUGAACACUUACCACUUAAUGGUAUGCUGAUAAUGAAACAAGCAAAGAUCUAUCACAAUGAACUGAAAAUUGAAGGGAACUGUGAAUAUUCAACAGGCUGGUUGCAGAAAUUUAAGAAAAGACAUGGCAUUAAAUUUUUAAAGAUUUGUGGUGAUAAAGCUUCCACUGAUUGUAAAGCCACAGAGAAAUUUAUGAAUGAGUUCAGUGAUGAUGAUGAACAAGGUGGUAACUUUGAAAGAUUCUGUAUGUCAAAUGAGAAAAAAAUGUCUAAUCUCCUAACAUGUACCAAAAAUAUACAUUCAGAGUCUGUCAAUAAGGUGGAAGAAGUGGAUAUCAAAGAUGUUUUUAACAUAGAUAAUGAGGCUCCAGUUGUUCAUUCAUUGACUAAUGGUGAAAUGGUUCUGAAUCAAGGUGAUUAUGAUGGUGAAGAUGAUGUUAACACUACAGAAAAAUUGCCUAUAGGCGACAUGGUGAAAAUGUGUGAUGGACUUAUUGAAGGACUAGAGCAACAUGCAUUCAUAACAGAACAAGAAAUCAUGUCAGUUUAUAAAAUCAAGGAGAGACUUCUAAGGCAAAAAUCAUUGUUAAUGAGGCAGAUGACCCAGGAAGGAACAUUUAAAAAAACCACCCAGCAGAAUGCCGCCUCAUCCCUAGAAGACUCACUUCCUGGUCCCUCGAGUGCUGAUGCUUCUUCUUGGUCCCCUGAUGCUUCUUCUCACCUAGAAAAAAUAAAAUAAAAUGCAGUGUACAGUAACCUUUUAAUCAAAACACUGCAUUGUAGGUAGAGACUGAACGAUUGCUGUUGUUGGCUGUUGCUGUUUUUGACAGCUGAUACAGGUAUUCUGAUGAUGCUACUGUGCUGCGUAGUUACCUUGAAUAUAUUAUUUUUUCAUUGUAUUAAUGGUAUAUCAUUUUUUACUAUUAAGUACUUAUGUGUGAAUCAUUGUAGAAAAAUUAUUGCUUAUUGGUAGCAUAUAAAUUCAGAGCCAGGAACAAUUGCAAUGCCAAACAAUCACAGAUUGUCCACAUAGGUGGCUAAAAUAGUGACAUUUUUACUUUCUGAUGGUUCAGUUUACACAAACUUUGUUUCAUACACAAGAUUAUUAAAAAUGUAUAAAAUUACCUUUA